GUUUCGCCGUUUUCCAGUCGGCGGUGAAAGCUCAGUACCCUGCCCCCCGGAAGUUGUUCCACAAUCGUUUCCGGGGCGGUGCAGGGUGGAGGAGGGCUCCGGAUGGGUCGCAGCCGGAGCCGCUCCCCGCGGCGGGAGCGUAGGCGGUCCCGGUCCACGUCCCGGGAGAGAGAACGCAGACGCCGAGAAAGGUCCCGGUCCCGGGAGAGAGAUCGGAGAAGGAGCCGCUCUCGAUCCCCGCACAGAAGACGCUCCAGAUCCCCAAGACGACAUAGAUCCACAUCUCCUUCCCCUUCUCGAUUGAAAGAAAGAAGAGACGAGGAAAAGAAAGAAACAAAAGAAACAAAGAGCAAAGAACGUCAGAUUACUGAAGAAGACUUAGAGGGCAAAACCGAGGAAGAAAUAGAAAUGAUGAAGCUAAUGGGAUUUGCCUCCUUUGACUCCACCAAAGGGAAAAAGGUGGAUGGCUCUGUAAAUGCUUAUGCCAUAAAUGUGUCUCAGAAGAGGAAGUACAGGCAGUACAUGAAUCGAAAAGGUGGAUUCAACAGACCUUUGGAUUUCAUUGCAUGAGAAUUGAAAUGCUGAAGAAUGAUUUUUCCCCUCCCCUUGAUGAGAAGAGUGGAUUUUGUAUUUAAUAAGCGUCACAAACAGGAUCACAGUCCUUCAGCCUUGGAAAGUAAGAAAAUCUUAUUUAUGAUGUGUGUACUUCACUUAUCCUGCCUCAAAAGAAGAAAAGUUAAAACAUUACAUUUUUUUCUUUUAGGAAAUAUCACUUGGGGCAAUCAUCAACCCCAUUUUUUUUGUCCUUAUUCCUAUGGAAGCUAUAUGUGUUUUCUUUUCGGACACUCUUUAGGACUUUUUAAAACACAUAAAAGUAAUUGGGAUGUAUGUUUCUCAAAUAAAGCAAUAUUUCUACCCUUUUGUAUUUGGUAAAUAUUUUUAUUAGUAGAUAGAAGAGUCUCCCUACACAUUUUCUUUUUUCAUACAUAGAUUCAGAUAAUCAAGAUUCUCUGUAGUUUAAAUAUUAGAAGAAUGAAAAAGUAUAACUAGAUUUUUGUAUUUUCUGUGUUUUUUCCCUCAAAUACCAUUUAUUGUUUUCUCUCUAAUGAAAAAGUAUAACUAGAUUUUUGUAUUUUCUGUGUUUUUUCCCUCAAAUACUAUUUAUUGUUUUCUCUCUAAUUUAAAAGCAAUACGUGCUUAUUGUAAAAAAAACUUGAGAGAAACCAAAAAGUAAAAAGAAAAGCCAAAAAUCACCUGUAAUCUGCUCCCAGAAAUAAUCAGUGUUAAUAUUUUGGUGUAUGUCUUUCCAGGCUCCUAUGGGUGUGUGUUUCUUACCCCUACCCGUGAGAUCAAAAUGUAUAUGCUGUUCUCUUUUGCUAAUCCUUUUUCUCCCAUGUGCUGUGUACAUUUUUUAAAUACUCUUACAUAUUCUUUGGAAACUUAGCUUUUAGUAGCUACUUGGUUGUACCAUAAAUUACUAAUUAAUCUUUUAUUGGUGAACAUUGGCUUCCCUCCCCUGACUUGCUGUUAGAAUUAAAACUGUGAGUAGUAUCCCUGUUGCAUAGA